AUGGCCUCGAUCCAUCUCAAGACCCCCGUCCAGGAGCACCCGCUGCUACCUGACGAAGCACCAUCCAGCAGGACGCGUAAGCAUCGCGGCAACCACCACGAACCGGAGUCAUCGCGACACUCGACGGCAAGCAACAACAACUACUUUGCGCUCAAGGCACAGCUCGAGCAGCAGCAACAACACACGAAUGGGGCCUCCCAGGCGUCGUGGGACGGAAGUGUGCGUGGCUACAGCAAGAUUCCGUCAAGCACGAGCUCGUCCCUUCAGCGCCCCAAGACGAAGGCAUCCACCAGCUCGCUGUCCGUUCUCUGGGACCACGAAGAACAUAGCCACGCCCAUGACAGUCGGCCAGCGCCGCCGCUGUUCAUCGUUGGAAGCGCCGACCAGCGCCCAGGCAUAUUGCUUUCGCAAGACCACGACACCCAUCCCGACGAUGACCCCAUCUUGCGAGCCCAGGUGCUGGACAAGCCCUGGCACUCGUAUUCAGAUGAAGAAAUCCAGUCUGCGAUUGCUGGGCUGAGUCCUACCACUUCCCCGGCAGAAACACCCUCACAACCCUACCAUUCUGCAUUGCGAAUUCUGUCACAGGCACUGCACAACCUUUCCAAGGCGCGUGUCGAGCUUGAACAAGGGCGGGAAGCGCUGAAGGAGAAGGAGGCCGCGAGGAGGGAAAGGGCGGAGGCUCUGGUGAACGAGCUUCAGAUACUGUCAGAGAGGGAAGUUGCGAGAAGGGUCAUCCAAUCUGUGUUCACAGACGAUGACGAGGAGAAGCACCAUGUGAGAAGGCAGCAGAGCUUCUUGGUGCGCAAGUCUUACUAUUCACUCUAUUUUCACUCUGAUCACGAAUUUGUUCAGUCUUUGAAAGAGUCGCUGACGGAGGCUCUCGAAGAUGAUGUAUCUCUUCCUCGAAGUCUACCCAAAGAAGAACCCGCGACGCCGACCCCCAUUGUAAACAAUACCAGUGCUUCGACCUCCCCUUCUGUCGAGUUCCCGACUAGCGACGAUCCAGCAACAACUAGCGAUAACUCCAAUCAAACAACCGUUAGGCCCCGUCCCGACAGACCUUCUAUGGGUGAAUGGGUUGGCACAUGGUGGACCAAAAGUCGUCCGCGAUCCAUCUCAAAGCCCGCCAUUCCUCCUCCCCUCGAAUCUCCCCCGAAAAGCAACUCAUCUGUUGAAACGGACGAUUCUACAGUUGGUGCCACUGCCGUUCCACGAGCGCCUACCGCAAACCCUAUCAACGGCAACCGCAGAAGGACAGUGCGAAGCGUAUUUGGCACAUUGAGCUUCUCGAUGGGGAGUUCUAGCCGACAAAGUGUUGUAUUAUCCGACAAUGCUUCUAUCCAUUCCACGGAUUUAGGUGCCAACACGCCCGCCUCAAUGGUUUCACCUCCCUUUUCGCCUAUAAUCGCGGCUGCUCCACAUUUAACGACAAUACUCGAUAAUUCAGAUGGUACCUCGACAACCGGGGUAUCUACAGCAUGGACAAGAGAGUCAGAUGCUCCUUCUACUCCGCUCAUUCAAGGGUCAGCGAUACGAGCUAUUGUAAACGCCACUCGUGUCAUGACAGCGGAACCAUCAAGCAUUCUUGUUGACGGCGGACAGGACACAGAGCCGCUCAUUGCGAGACUGGCGCUGGAGCUAGUCAGAAAUGCUCGUGAUGAGGGUCUCGUUUGGCGGGAUCCCACGAAAGAACGACGGGAUCGGGAACGACGGGCUGCUACAGAAGUGGAUACCUCUGCUGAUGGCCCAAUCGCAGUUCUUAGUCCACCACUGACUUCACCUGCGGAGGCGAUACAAACGCUCAGCCGGGCGCUGGGUAGUGCGGGAAUCGCCAGCCAGGAGGGGUUUCGGGGCAAGACAAGCGGGAGUGGCAGGAAAUCUGCCGCUGCAAUUAUGGCCAAUGCAGCUAAUCCCGCCCCGCUUUUUGCUGGUCUUAUAUCUGGAAAGGCGAAAGCACCUAUUGCAGCACCAUCGGAUAACUCAUCAGCCCAAACCCAAUCGACUACUUCUACGGCAACGGAACAGGCCCCAGUUACGAAGAGGGCACCUUCAGUACCGCUCGAAUCGAUCAUCCCGCAAAUGGCUAAACCGCCCACACAAUAUCUUUCCCGGACAUAUACUCCGCUUACAGCACGCGAUUUUCGCUUCUCGAUCCCAAUUCCGUCUGCUGCUGCUGCACGGUCUGCGCCUACUGCGAAUGGGGUGGAAGAGCCAUUAACGGAUCGAUAUGGCUUUGUUUAUGACAUUGCGCAGUAUGAUGUCCUUUUGCUCAGACGAGCCAAAGAGUGUGGCUGUGCAGCACCAGCUUGUUUGACGGGGGUCAAAAUUGCGGACCGUGUUGAGGACGAUAAUGACGAGAUGGAGGAUGGGCGGAGCAUUGAGAUUGUAAGGACGGAAUGCGACUGUGGCGGGGAGGACGACGGCUCGUUGGACAGCAACUCGCCGGACAACAUGAGUGUCAAAUCCAAGACUUCGGCAAAGUCCAAACGACUUUCGAUUGUUUUCGGCAACGGCGACAACACCCGCGCCGCAACCAAGCUUUGCGAUAUUGGCUCUACUGUCCGUCGAUUGCUUGAUGCACUGACAACAUUGCAUGACGAGCGACAAACUUUACAAAGACGGGAAUGGGAUGUGUUUGUCAAACAGCGUGGCCGGGCACGGAUAACGGCACAGUCCCAAGUAGUCAAGGCCGCUGCCACAAUCCUUGGACUGGGUACCUCUGACGAGGCGGACGAGCUGGCUCAUACUGAAGGUCUGAUCGGAUUUGCACAAUUGGCCAACCGCGACGAACGGAAGGAGCUCGACAGACUGGUCAAAAGUGGGAUCCCGUUGGUGUAUCGGCCAAAGGUGUGGCUGGAAUGUAGCGGGGCGCUGGAGAUGAUGGAACCGGGGAUGUUUAAUGACCUGUUGCUGCAGAACGGGGAGGAGGCGAAAGGUGUUUUGGUGGAAAUUGAGAAGGACGUGGGCCGGACGAUGCCGCUGAAUGUGUUCUUUGGUGGGGAUGGCGCGGGAGUGGUUAAGCUCCGGAGGGUUUUGACCGCAUAUAGCAGACGGAACCCGACAGUGGGCUACUGCCAGGGCAUGAACUUGGUCACCUCGACUUUGCUGCUCGUACAUGCAGACGAGGAGGAAGCAUUUUGGGCGCUUUCCGCCAUCGUCGAGCGGAUUCUUCCUGAAGACUUUUUCUCGCCGUCGUUGCUUCCGUCGCGAGCAUGUCCGCUUGUGCUGCUUGAUUACAUCAAGGACUUUUCUCCCAAGCUUCACACACACCUUGCGGACCUUGGCGUCGACCUGCCCGCGAUCUGUUUCUCGUGGUUCCUGUCGCUAUUCACGGAUUGUCUGCCUAUCGAGACUCUUUUCCGUGUCUGGGACAUCUUCCUGAUCGACGGCCUCCCCGUCCUCUUCAGAACGGCACUUGCGAUCGUGAAGACGGGUGAAUCAGAACUGCUUCAGGCACAGUCGGUGCCUGCUGUCUAUGUCGCGUUGGAGAAUUUGCCUACACGGAUGUGGCAGGCGGAUCGGCUGCUGCAGGGCGAGGCGGACCUGCGCGCGUCGGUAACCAAGGCAGAUAUCGAGGAGCGGUGUCAAGUGCAUGUGGCUGCGCUGAGGGAGCUAAUGGCGUAA